UUUCACAUCCCUACUGCAAAUUUGCAACAAUUUUCUCCAAAUAAAAGGCAGGAAAAGUGAGGAAAAUUGAAAUCAAAGAAAAAUUAAUGGCACACAAGCGUCUGUUCGUCUACGCUGUGCUACUGGCGAUAUGUUAUUUGGUUGGCGUGACAUGGGCUGAGACUGCAGCGCAAACGCCAGCGAUCGGCAGCAGCAACAACAAUGCCAGCCAGCUGAGUGGUCCUCCUGCAGUUCCAGUGGCUCCAGUGGCUGCAGCAGCACCUGCCAAGCAAGCAGGCGUUCCAACUGUGGCGCCUCCGCCCAAGGUCAUCGGCAAGUCAGCGCCCGCUGUGCCCGGCCAGAGUUCUUCCAAUUCCACAAGCCCAACAACGCCAUCUACCGAGUGCGUCUGUGCUGGAGCCCUGCUGCCCCGUUUGGAUGCGAAUGGCAAGGAAUUGCCCAUCUGCGCCGAGUGCAAGUGCUCCCAUGUGGCGAGAAAUACGACACUGAUCAAGGUCGUGGUCAUCAUUGUGAUUUGGAUCAUCUCCAUUUUAGUGAUAUACAUGCUCUUCCUGAUGUGCCUGGACCCGUUGCUGAACAAGCGAGUGAAGGCGAACUACCAGGAGCACACCAACGAAGAUGACGAGCCGACGCCACCCAUGCCCGCUGCUAACAACCAGGAGCUCAGUGCCAGAGCCAAUGUCCUCAAUCGCGUGGGUCACCAGCAGGACAAGUGGAAGCGGCAGGUGCGCGAGCAGAGACGCCACAUCUACGACAGGCACACCAUGCUGAACUAAGAAAGGGGUCGAAUUGCAGCUGGAGGAGAUUAGCAGAAGCAUGGGCGACUUAAGACACGUAUUCCAAGCAGUUAUCCUCUAAAAAUUCCGCUUUUGGAUCAAAUUAAAUAUUCAUAGACAGAAUUAUUAUUUUAAUUAAAUUAUGUAACCAAAAUAAGAUUGGAAGUAUCGUUUUUAUACU